AUGUGUCAAGGAACGAUCUACCAAUUCUCAAAAUGUCGCCAUGUGCGAGACAUUGUUGUGACUCAGCAAUGUCCCAAGCAAAGCGGCACCAAGACGUUUUGUGUCUUCAGCACUCCAUCCUUUACUGUGACCAAAAUCCUUACGCCAAGUCUCUGCGAGGAAUGUUUCCGCGCCGAGGAAGAUGCGAUACGCACAAAUUACUACGCAAAAAUUGGUUUUCUGUACAAGAUGAUUGCUUCCCUGCGCAGUCGUUCCCUCGGCCGUUCUCUACUAGGGUUCGCAAUUGCAAACGCCGAACAAAAGAUUGAAAAGUAUGAACUGCUCACUAUGAACUCGCUCGCUCUUUUUCGCGUCUUUCAGGGUGGCAAAUAUAUUGGCAAUGGUAUCUUCAUUUCGACCGAAUCGAACGCGCCAGACACGAAGAAAAUAUCUGAUCAAAGCGUGCACUUGCUAGGAGACAGCGCUGUGGUGGCUUCUCUGGAGGUUCCAUUGCCUCAGAAGUCCUCCUUGAAUUCGCAUGCGGAGAAAUCAGUGGUUAAGGUGUCCCAGGACAUAAAAAGUGAGAAACUCGCUCCAAACAUCUCGUUUCAUGCUUCUCCAUUGCGCUCCCAUCCUGUUAUGCCCGCUGAUUUAAACAUUGGAAGGCCUGUUCAACCCUUUCUAGAUUCACUUGUCGAUGAUGGGGCAAGACGAUCUGCGGCAAGAAGAGCUAACUCGCCUAGAAGAGAGGUGCUCAAGAACAACUUGCGGAGAACGUUAGACAAGUACGCUGAAGAGACGGGAGAGCUUGCUGAUAAAGGGGUGCCCGCAUCGGCUCCAGAAUCUUCUCAACCACCAACUUCCUGCUCGUCUAGUUCUUCCUCGCUGCUUGAUUCUUCUUCCUCUACUUCCACUCCAGUUCCCUCUGCCGCAUCCGACUCACUUACCGAAACCGAGACGAUUCCUCCCUCAGUCAUCCUCGCUCUCGAAAGACAAAGGUUUCAACUUCGGAUCCGGAAAUUUCUUAGACACGAGUACUGGUCGGCGGAAUGGGGUCCGAAGCCCAAAAUCAACGAUGAAGUAUUUCGCUAUGGAGUCAUGUACCCGUUGCAUCCCCAAAUCAAUCCCGAUUUCAAACCGACUUCCAGCAUGGGGAGCAAGCCGCAGGAGCAUUCUCUUUCGACUUCACCCACGUCUUCAGUUCCAAAGUCAAAGUUCUGUACGCCUUCUCCGCUAUCAUUGUCACAGACUCAUUCAGCAUAUUCCUUAAACCAGUCAUCAGCGGCACCAUGGCCUUUGAAAGUGGAAGAUCUCGCCAUUUCAACGUUCCCGCAACCAUCAAUGCUUCCACAACCUCCGCCACUCGUCGACCUGUCCUCGACUUACUCGAGAGAUUCGAUGACAAACCCGGUAACCUUGACGUUUUUCCCAGCCUUUCCAUCCCCCUCGCCUCUGGAAGAUCCAAGCCCACUUGCGCAGACUCUUGCCCAAGAGCAAAAGCUGGAAUCGGAUAACGCAGGCUUGGGAUUUUCAGCAUGUUCGUCUACUAGCAAAACUUGCAGGCACAUGCCUGCUGGUUUAUACGACAAGGACUACGUAGACGUGGAUGGGAAAGAAUGUACCACCUUUAUGAUUGAGCGGCCCGCGCAUGUGGAUGCUUAUUAUCAUGAUGAAGAAGAGAAGUAAAAGAAGUAUACUCUGAGACAGGAGUUGGCCUUUGCUUAUGUAUUUUGGCUUAUAGAUUGUAACACAGACAAUUUAAUUGAUCAAUACCUGG